AUGGCCAACUCCAACGGUGAAGGCGCUCCUGCAGGACCGCCAGAGCUCGACGUCAAGCCACCAGAGAACCUGGUUAUCCCCCCGCCCAACGUGCGCGAAACGAUCGCAAAGACGGCUGACUUCGUCGCCCGCCGAGGCGAAUCACAUUUCAAUGGACUGAAGCAGCGCGUCACGUCUGAUCCUUCAGCUGCGAACAACCGUAACUUUGUAUUCGUUUUGGAGGAGGACCCCUACAAUGCCUACUUCCUGUGGUAUCUUCAGCAACUCAAGGAGGGCCAUGGGCGAUCAGCUGGAAGUGCUAAGCAAGUGGUUGACAACAAACCCAAGGGUCCUCCAGAACCGCCCAAGUUCCGCUUUUCUGCGCGUAUGCCCAACAUCAGCGCAAAGGAUUUGGAGGUGUUGAAGCUCACUGCUCUGUACACGGCGCGCGUGGGUGAGAACUGGUUGAAGGACUUGCGCAACCGUGAGUCUGGCAACUUUCAGUUUGAUUUUCUCCGACCAAAUCACAGCUUCUUCCAGUUCUUCCGAUCGCUCGUUGAACAGUACAAGAUCCUGCUUGAGGAAGAAGCCACAGUCGAGGCACGCAUCGAGGAGUUACAGCAAAACAUCAAGAACCGAUUCCAUGUGUUAGAUCGCGCCAAGGGACGCGCCGAGUACGUCAAAUAUGUGACUGCACAGAAAGAGAAAGAGGAGAAGAAGGUGGAAGCCGAGAAGCAAGAGUAUGCGACGGUCGACUGGCACGACUUUACAGUCAUCGCGACUGUGCUCUUUGAUGAAGCUGACGAUGCAGCGGAUCUGCCUCCUCCCGCACAGCUGAAUGAUCUGCAGUCGCAGUCGCUCGAACAGAAGGCUGCGGUCUCACUAUCAACAAGGCGUCUCGAAGAAGCCAUGCCCGACGAGAUGACUUACUACAACGUCUCACAGCAGCAGGUCCCACCGCCUCAGAUGCCGCCAAACUACGCCCCUGCCGCACCACCUGUGCAGCCACCCUAUGGCGUACCGUCCUACGCGCCUCCCCCUAUGCCCGACUACCGGACGCCGGCACAGAUAUCACGCGAGGAAGAGCAAGCUCGGCAGGCAAGGGAGCGUCAAGCGGAGAACGAGCAGCGCGCACGCGCUCAGGCUGCUGCCAGAGGAGCGCCUGGUCGCAUUGUCACAGACUACGUUCCCCGCGCUGCCGCAAAGAAGGCAAACGUUCCGAUGGCCGUAUGCCCUAACUGCAAGCAGCAAAUCCCCUCAAACGAGAUGGACGAGCACAUUCGCAUCGAAUUGCUUGAUCCACGCUGGAAGGAACAGCGCGAUAAGGCGGAAGCCCGGUACUCUACCACGAUUAAUACCGCCGACGUUGCAAACAACCUUAAACGUUUCGCUAGUCAGCGCGAAGAUAUCUACGAUGGUGCUACGGGAUUACCCAUAUCUGCAGAGGAAGAAGCUCGGAGGAAGAAAGCUGCACUGUCGUACGACGGCCAGCCUGAUCCUGCCAAGGACGCUGCCCGUCUUUCGCAAAUGCAAAGCAUGAAUGUCCAGGAGCAGCUUCGCAGGAUUCAAGAGAAGCAUCGCCAAUAG